AUGUGUUGCUUUAAAAACCUUUUGAUGUCACGUGAUGGGAGUGUGGGCGUGUUGACAACGUUCAACAUGGCGUCUCACGGUAGUUGGCUGUUCUGUUUACGGACUCUAUCGUUGAGCAUCUUCUUUGACUGCACGUAUUGCCAUUUUCACCGUGUUCUCGGAAAUGAUGUCGAUAGCUGUAAAAGUCUACGCUUGGGACAGUAUCUUUGCAAAGAACCACGGAUAGAUGAUGCCACUCAAGAACCUGCGAACUGCAGGGACAUGAUAGCUUGGGUGGAAUGCCUACCUGCUCCGAAUGUCAGCUGCCGCUUGUCCAACGGGACAGAGUUUCGGUUCAGCGGAGAGGAAGUGGGCUUCAACCAGAGCAUCCCCUGCAGGAAUGUGAGCGGUUACUCCUACAAAAUAGCAGUGGCCUUGUCCCUCUUCCUGGGGUGGUUAGGUGCUGAUCGCUUCUACCUGGGAUACCCAGCUUUAGGGCUGCUCAAGUUCUGCACUGUGGGCUUCUGUGGGAUUGGGAGCUUGGUGGAUUUCAUGUUGAUCUCAAUGCAGAUAGUGGGUCCAUCGGAUAAGUCUGACUACAUAGUGGACUACUACGGUGCCAGACUCACACGUCUCUCCAUCACCAACGACACCUAUAGAAGAACCCAGAUCUCACCCUGAGGGUGGGUACACGAGUAUAGCAUGUUAGACACGCCGCACCGGGGUACACGUGUGAAUCUCAAGUCUAUAGCAUGUUAGUUAGAGACAACAGGCUUUGGCGAGUCAUUUGCUGUGUAAUUGUGGAAACCCAGAACAAACAUGUCAUGUAACUGCAUCCGCUACCAUUUACAUGUUAUGAAGUCUGUCCACGAAAGAUGAGCCACUUUAUAACAGUUUGCACGUCUUGUACAUACACGACAUGACCAAAAGUAUUUGGACACUUGUUCGUCGAACAUCUCAUUCUAAAAUCAUGUAUAGCAGUCCUCACUCUUCUCGGAAGGAUUUUCACUAGAUGUUGGAACAUUGCUGCGGGGACUUGCUUCCAUUCAGCCACAAGAGCAUUAGUGGGGUCGGGCACUGAUGUUGGGGCGAUUGGGCAUGGCUCGCAGUCGGCAUUCCAAUUCAUCCCAAAGGUAUUAGAUGGGGUUGAGGUCAUGGUUUUGUACAAGCCAGUCAAGAUCUUCCACACCGAUCGCGACAAACCAUUUCUGUAUGGACCUUGCUUUUUGCAUGGAGGCAUUGUCCUGCUGAAACAGGAAAGGGCGAGAUUCCAUGGCUGUGUGUUCAAUUUGAUACACCUGUCAGCAACGUGGUGUGGCUGAAAUAGAAGAUUCCACUAAUUUGAAGGGGUGUCCACAUACUUUUGUAUAGAUUGUCAUUUUGAAUGUCCACUUAUUACAUCUGCAUGACAUUCUUAUUACAGUGAAAAACAACAUGCUGUCAGAAUGCUGUCGUUUUAAAUUAUGCCCCUCUUUUGGCAUCCUAUUUUUCACCCGACCAGCACAUACGAACUAUUCCGAGUCCACUUCUCCUGUUUGCAUGUACCCCCAAUGUCAGGAGUAGAGCCUGUGAAGCGAGACUUAGUCUCUCAUUGCUUCUUUGUCCUUCAUUCCUUGUCUUCUCCUCAAAAUGCAUUUGAACAAUUGGAUACCACGAAAUUGGGGAGAAAAAGGGGUCAAAUAAAACAUGUAAAAAUGCAUUUGAACAUCAAAUCUGAGGAGAUGAGGAUACAAGGAAAGACUUGAGAUUCACCCGUGGACACGGGCUCAGGUCCCGGGGGUUACAGUACAAGCUUUUGUUCCAACACAACAUUAGCCACACCGUGUAGCUCUCCAGUACCAGUGGUUUGAUGACCACCACCAUAGCGCUUCAUGUCAUCGUUAUACUCCUAUGAGAAUCUAGAAUCUGCACUGAGAAUGGUGUACUGUAAACAUAAUGUCAUCUGUGGUUUUUGAGUAUGUCUGGCAGCAAGGGAACUAAUUGUACUGUAUGACUGUCUUUCUGCUUUCAUUUUGUCAUUUGAGAUUUUUGUAAAUAAAGUGAUCAUUUAAUGAA